AGACUGCAUUGCGUGGAUUUUCAUUUCCCCUGACAUUUCUGCCAGCAGUGUGCGUGGUGUGGUGUAGUUCUCUGAUAACUUUACCCCACACUUGUGUCGCUGAUUAUGCCGUUGAAAUGACGCAACUCUCCACCGUCUACCUGCCAACAAGGUACAACGAGAGCGGUGAAAAGGUGUUUGAGCUCAAUAAUUCCUCAACUCCGCUAAAACUUGCCUUUGAUGAUUGGAACCACGUCUUCUAUGUAGCAGGUGGUGAGUACCUCUAUUUCUACUCACUGCGAGAUUAUGAGAACCCCAAGGAGCUCGGACUUGAGAGGAGUCGGGAUGGUUACUCCUUUGUGGACCUCGCCAUGUGUGGACAGUACCUGUACGCUCUCCUUGCCAACUACAAUGCCCGGACCUCAUUCUGUGAAAUCUACAAGAGGUUUGAUCUUGAGUCGGAUGUCUCCAGAGACCUUUUUAGGGUUAGAAGCUUCCAAGGUAUUGACUGUGUUACGUCGUUGCAUUACUCCUUUGAAUGUGGUGUGAAAGGUGGACUCCAAUUCACCAAAGAUAACGGCGAACAAAAUCCUGAGUACUACGGUUUCAGUCGGUUCAUUACCCUAGGUGGGCGUGGCUUCUCUGUACUGCGAGCCACUGACCUGUCCCGGGUCUACGACAGUGGUGACGUCAUGGAGCUACGCCACGCCCAGUUCACACCGAAACUGUUCAACGCCCGGAUGUCUGACCCUAACGCUCAGAUUUUGUCCACCAGGGAUGUUCAGUCUACGGAGAAAGGUCUUGAACCUUCAGUCUUAGAAGUCGGGCAGUCCAAUGGUCUUGGGCUCAUCUUCGUCGGGUCCAGGAACCCAGGCUCUGUGACGCUCUUCUCUGUUCAUCAUGACGUCACCAGUCCCCGGUUUGAAGCCUUGUGGUCAGGCAUCCCCACCAUAAGACGAUACAUGAAGUGGCACGAGGCCUACAGUGAGAGGGAGCUCGUCGGUGUGGAAGUUAGCGACUUACU